AUGGAUCAGCAGCUCAUCUCGCUCGUGAACAAGCUACAAGAUGUGUUCGCAUCAAUUGGUGUAUCAAACAACAUUGAUCUUCCGCAAAUCACGGUGAUUGGUUCACAAAGUAGUGGUAAAUCGUCUGUGCUCGAGAACAUUGUUGGAAGAGAUUUCUUACCUCGAGGAACCGGCAUCGUGACCAGACGUCCAUUGGUCCUUCAAUUGAUAAACAGACCAGCAACUUCUAAACCUGCUCAACCGAAUGGUGACAAGGCGGAUGGAGAAAAGGCAGAAGAUGCUAUGGCGAAAGUACAGCUCAACGAAAAUAACCCAGACGAAUGGGGAGAAUUCCUUCAUUUGCCUGGACAGAAGUUUCACGAUUUCCAUAAGAUCAGGGAUGAGAUUGUGAGAGAUACAGAGAAGAUGACUGGAAAGAAUGCCGGUAUCUCCCCAAACCCUAUCAACCUUCGAAUCUUCUCUCCCAACGUCCUCACACUCACUCUUGUCGAUCUUCCUGGGUUGACCAAAGUACCCGUCGGAGAUCAACCACGUGAUAUCGAGAAACAGAUCCGAGAUAUGCUGAUGAGAUUCAUCUCCAAGCCCAACGCCAUCAUCUUAGCAGUCACAGCGGCUAACACGGAUUUAGCAAAUUCAGAUGGGUUGAAAUUAGCAAGAGAAGUUGAUCCUGAAGGAACAAGAACUAUUGGUGUUUUAACAAAAGUCGAUUUGAUGGAUCAAGGUACCGACGUAGUUGACAUUCUAGCCGGAAGAGUUAUCCCCCUGAGGUUAGGUUAUGUGCCAGUCGUUAACAGAGGUCAAAGAGAUAUAGAUCAAAGUAAAUCGAUCGCCUCGGCUUUAGACAAUGAAAGGAAAUUCUUCGAAGGUCACCCUAGUUAUGCUGGAAAGGCCCAAUAUUGCGGUACCCCUUGGCUCGCUAGAAAACUUAAUAUCAUCCUCAUGCACCACAUCCGAAAUACCCUUCCUGAUAUCAAAGCACGAAUCAGCCAGCAACUCGCUAAAUAUCAAGCUGAACUUACUUCUCUCGGUGGACCGAUGGGGGAGACCAACCCAGGUAGUCUAGUACUGUCUACUAUUACUGAAUUCUGCUCGGAAUUCAGAUCCGCCAUCGAUGGUAACACCAACGAUCUAUCGCUUAACGAAUUAUCAGGUGGUGCUCGUAUCAGUUUCGUCUUCCAUGAAUUGUACAAUAACGGUGUCAAAUCGAUUGAUCCUUUCGAUCAAGUCAAAGAUGGUGAUAUCAGGACUAUUCUUUACAAUUCGUCCGGUUCCACCCCUUCGUUGUUCGUCGGUACGACCGCUUUUGAAGUUAUAGUGAAACAACAGAUCAGACGAUUAGAGGAACCUUCACUUAGAUGUUGUGCUCUGGUAUAUGAUGAGCUUAUACGAAUACUAGGUCAUCUUCUAUCUAAAACUCAAACAUUCAAGAGAUACCCAGAAUUGAAAGACCGAUUCAACCUUGUGGUCAUCAACUUUUUCAAAUCAUGUAUGCAACCUACCAACAAGCUCGUUAGCGAUAUGGUCUCGAUGCAAGCUUGUUACGUUAAUACCACUCAUCCCGACUUCAUCGGUGGUCAUCGAGCAAUGGCUUUAGUAACUGAUCGAAUGAAUGCCAACAAACCACCUGAGAAACCCGUUGAUCCCAAGAAGCUCCCCCCGAAUGCCCUGAACAACGGUAAAGACUUGGAUGCAGAUUUCAAGAAGGAUGAACCAAGUUUCUUCAACAGUUUCUUCUCAAAGGAUAAACAACCUAAAAAGAAAGUUGCAACCAUGGAAGCUCCUCCUCCCGUCAUCAAACCUGUUGCGUCACUCAGUGAACGGGAAGCCAUGGAAACUGAUGUUAUCAAACUCCUCAUUCAAUCAUACUACUCUGUGGUCAAACGGGAGAUGAUCGAUAUGGUUCCUAAGGCUAUCACGUACAACCUAGUCAACUUCGCUAAGGAGAACCUCCAACGAGAACUUUUGGAACACUUGUACAAGCCUGAUGUUCUUGAAGAGUUACUCAAGGAAUCACCAGAUGUGGUGGCGAGAAGAAGGGAAUGUAUCAAGAUGGUCGGAGCGCUCAACUCGGCUGAGGCUAUCGUUGCUGCUGUGUAA